CGUGAUUCCUCUUACGGCUCUGCGGAAACUCUCAGUCACCAGUACUAUCGCAUCACUCAUCACAUCACAUUACCCUACACCCCGAUUCGGCUACAUCGUCCUCAUCAACGCCUAAUAUGGUCCGCCUUCUUACUAUCGUUACCGUGCUCUUUGCUAGCGCAAGUAGCGUUGCCGCUUCGUACUGCCAGUGCCUUUACCCAGACGCCAGCCACUGCUGCGUUAUUGACAACGUAGUCAAUGAUUGCACAAGAAUGUGCUUGAAGGCGUCCAAGGACUCUACGACUGCCGGACAGUGCAACGCUGGCGGAAAGUUUUCCAAUGUCAGCUCAUGGAACGCCCAGCAUCGCAAGCAGUGUGGAAAGCCCUACAUCUACUAAACUUGUAAUGCACUCGCACCGUUGGCAAAGCUCCUGCAAAAGCCCACUCUAUGUGGUAUUUCCAGCGGAGGCAGAUGUGUAGUACUAGACCUUUCUCUAUAGGUCAUCAGGAGGGACGUUGAGGAUUGAUUAAGUUAGGAGAAAGAAUGCGACGUGGUAUUAUUGGACAGCCUGUAGCUUAUUGAUCAAGUGAAACGGAUCAUCAUGAGCAUAUCAAUCGCUUACUGCA